CUCCAGGACAAAUCUUCUCUUUAGUACUGAUUCGUGAAGAAGAAAUUAGCGGACUGACAUUAACCACAAGAAAAGAAGUACAUUUUGCAUGUGUCAAGCCCCGGAAAUUCUAGAACUUUCACCAUGACAGGCGGAGCAGCCUCCAGCAGCGACCCGCGGCUCUUUGCGCUGGAGUGCGGGGGUCCGAUUUUCGACUGCGCCUGGCAUCCCCGGGAGCAGCGGCUCUUCGUGACGGCGGCCAUCAACGGGAACGCAGAUUUGUUCGACGUGGAGAGCGAAAACCAGACCUGUCUGGUUCGCCGCAAGCGACACAACGGCGCCGUGCGUUGCGUGGGAUUUUCGCCGAAAGCGGGCGACCGGUGGGCCACGGGGAGCAGCGACUGCACGGCGUUGUUGUCGGACACGGAAACCAGCGCGAGAAUAAGCCGCACUACUUUCGAGGCUGCGGUGAACGUGCUGCGCUUUGUGGACGUGUCCUCCUCCUCCGUCCUCGGGAACAACGACAGCUCGCAACUGCUGGUGUGCGGUCUGGAUGACGGAAGCUUGCACUUUCUCGACGCGCGCACCAAGGGCGGCGUGGUCGCGACGCUGGCGGAGCAGGAAGACUUCGUGUCCGACCUGUUGUUUCUCCCGGGGAAAAACCACUUGUGCGCGACCUCCGGGGACGGCACGCUCGGCGUGUUUGACGUGCGGAAGAAGAAGCUGUUCGCGCUGUCCGAUCCGCAGGACGACGAGCUCCUUUCCCUGGCCCUGUGCAAGGACGGGCGGAAAAUCGUGUGCGGUGCGCAGGAGGGCGACUGCAAAAUCUUCACCGUGGACGACUACGGGGACUGCAAGGACCGGAUUGUGUUGGACAGCGGAGGGGGCAGUAGCGUGGCGCAACGCGACACCCUGGAGCUCUUCGGCGUGGGGACGUCCACGUCGGCCGGAGGUACAAAUAAAACGGACGGUGCCGGCGCGAAGAGGGGGGCGAAGAGCGUGUCCAGCACGACGGCCGUGGAGAAGGUGUCCACGGACGCGCUGUGCAACCUGGGAAACAGCGAGGAGUACCUGUUGAGCGGGGGCAGCGACGGCCAGCUGCGACUGCUGGGCGUCCACUCGGCGCAGCACGGGAAUCGGGUGGUGGCGCGCUUGGGUCUGCACGGGGAGGAGGAGAUGCCGAUCGAGGUGAUCCGGCAAAGUCCCUGGAGUCCGACCACCGUCGCCUCGUGCGGCCACGACGGGCGCGUCCAGUUCUGGGACUUUUCGAAUCUGCUGGCAAGCGUCUGUCAAAAAGGAGGGGGUGCAUUGACUGUAAGCGGUGAAGGAGCCGCAGACUCGUUGCUCGAGCCGGAAGGUCAUGCGCUGGGAGGCAAGAAAAAGAAAAAGAGGAAGGUGCUAGACCUCGGGGCAACGUCGGUGCGCGCGAAUGACACGGGAAAGAACAACUUUUGGAGUGGCCUGCAAUUCUAACAUGCUCCCGCGACUUCUGAACGCAGAAAUUCCACGCUUGCGCGAACAAGAACUCUCUUUGCGGACCGCACCGCGUCCUGUUAAGGACGUAAACUCACACAGGAUAUUUUAUAAGUAUUUCGGACCUGCUAGUCUAUGUCAGGGGCUAGCCGCCA